GGAGGAGGAACAAGGAUGAGAGAUAGCAGCGCUGCAGCGAGAGCGAGCGCCCUGCCUGCCUUUGCGACGAGUGUUUACUCCACUUUUCCUGAGAGCCGGUUAUGUUCCCUCUGCGUGAGUCAUGGAAGUGAUUUAGGUGAGUGGAGCGUCGCGGAGUGGCAGCAGAAAGCCCCAGAUCUGUGUGUGUGUCUGCGCCGUGGGCAGGCCGACUCAUUUUGUGAUUAAGGAUCAAUGCCAGUCCUCCGAGCUAAUAGAAGGAACCCUGACAACGACCCGACCGCAUCAGCAAGCAGUGAUCUUGAGGCUCAUGUGGAAGUCCGUGGACAAGAUGAGGUGUUUCAGGAAACGGUCCAUGUUCCCGUUCUUCGGCUUCCUCAUCACCUUCCUCCUCUUCUUCAACCUUUACAUGGAUGAUGGAUACGUGCUGGAGGCUGAGAAAAGUCAGCUGGGAGAGACGCUGAUGCAUCCUGCAAACUCUGAGAGAUACGUGCACACGUUCAGAGACCUGUCCAACUCCUCCGGGACUGUUAAUGUCACGUAUCGCUACCUUGCAGGAAUUCCUUUGCCACGCAAAAAGUAUCUCACCAUUGGUUUGUCGUCGGUCAAGAGGAAAAAGGGAAACUACCUUCUGGAGACGAUCAAGUCCAUCUUCGAUCAGUCCAGUUACGAGGAGCUCAAAGAGAUUGUGGUCGUGGUCCACCUGGCAGACUUUGACCUGGCCUGGUGUGAGAACCUGGUGCAGGAAAUCACCAGGAAGUUUGCCCACCACAUCAUAGCCGGACGCCUCCUGGUGAUCCAGGCCCCCGAGGAGUACUACCCAUCUCUGGACGGCUUGAAAAGGAACUACAACGACCCGGAGGACCGCGUCCGUUUCCGCUCCAAGCAGAACGUGGACUACGCUUUCCUCCUCAACUUCUGCACGAACCUCUCUCACUUCUACAUGAUGUUAGAGGACGACGUGCGCUGCUCCAGGAACUUCCUGACGGCGCUGAAGAAGGUGAUCACCUCCAGAGAAGGUUCCUACUGGGUGAUGCUGGAGUUCUCCAAGCUGGGCUACAUCGGGAAGCUGUACCACUCCAGAGACCUGCCACGUCUGGCUCAUUUCCUCCUCAUGUUCUACCAGGAAAUGCCCUGCGACUGGCUCCUCAUCCACUUCAGGGGGCUUCUGGCCCAGAAGGACGUGAUCCGCUUCAAGCCCUCGCUGUUCCAGCACAUGGGCUACUACUCCUCUUACAAAGGAGCCGAGAACAAGCUGAAGGACGACGACUUCGAGGAAGACUCCGUAGACAUUCCUGACAACCCUCCUGCCAGCCUUUACACAAACAUCAACGUCUUUGAAAACUAUGACGCCACCAAGGCUUACAGCACUGUGGAUGAAUAUUUCUGGGGGAAGCCUCCGUCCACCGGAGAUUUCUUUGUCAUAAUCUUUAACAAAUCUACUAAAAUCAGCAGAAUUAAGAUUGUGACGGGCACCGAGGACAGACAAAAUGACAUUCUUCACCACGGAGCUCUGGAGGUCGGACAGAAGUCUGUGGACACUAAGCAGGGCAGGCAGUGCACGUCCUACAUCACAUUAGGAGAGUUUAAAGGCGGAAGCAUCGAGGUUAACAACGUGGACCACAAGAUCGGCUUUGACAUCGAGUGUGUGCGACUCGUCGUCACUGCCAGUCAGAAGGAAUGGCUCAUCAUAAGAACUAUCAGCUUAUGGACCACACAGCCUGCCAGUCAGUUUAAAAAGUAACACAAUGAUCGUCUGUAUGUACAGUAUUGAUUUGGGAUGCAAGUUCAUUUUGCACUACUUGUGGGAAAAAUGUGUUUUGGGAUUCAAAGCGAUCCAUAUUUUCUUGGGUUGUUCAGAGAUCUGCUGUAGAACCACGUGUGCACGGGAUGAACCGAAUGUUUGUUUCAUAUUCGAAGCUUCUGUUGAGGUUUUCGAAUGAAGCUUUGAAUGUUUGACGUCACAUUUUAUGACGUCACCCGAAAACAAAUGGGAGAGAAUAUUUAUUGAUUGUAAUUUUAGUUACAUAAAUAUAAUUUAUGGUGAUGUUAGAUCGCUGCUAGGCCGCUCCCCGUUAACACAGGUGUGCGCCUCCCUUCGUGUGGGGUAAGCUGCAGGGAAAGAGUAUUCCGCUAGAUAAAAACACGUUUUUCAAGAAGUCUUGGACUGGAGGAAAUGUUUGGAUCGCACAUCGGAAACAAUGCUACGCAGUACCACUGGAAUCUAAUUCUACAAAUAGUAUAUUACUGAUAGUACUAGUGUAGCCUAGUCUUCAUCUGCAACUGUGCAGAAAUCCAGGCUUUAAACACAAUGAAUAGACAUGCAAGGAAAAACAAAGCAGCUUUGAAGCUUCAAAGUAUUCGCUUCAGCCCUUAUGUUUUCAAUUUGAUGUAUUAAAAUGACAAAUCUGUACAGUAUGGAGCCUUUAUACGUAUGUUCAUUUUCAUAAAUCUGUGUAUAAAAUUGUUCAUACAUG